GUUUAAAAUAAGAUGGAAGGCUCAGACGUAGCCUGAAGAGUUUUGAAUGCAAAUCAUACUAGUUUGCUGCACCCAAGCGGAGGCCGGACUGUCUUACAGAACUGCAAAGCCAUUGAUUUUAUCAAGACUGAUAACAAAGAAAUAGUAUUUGUUGGUGUCUUGGGAAGAACCUGCAGGACGGAAUGUCAGAAGACUGUGUUUGUGAGGCGUUUCUCACAAUAUACAUCAUCACGUUCUUAAUUGGUUUUCCUGGUACUGUGCUUGCAUUGUGCUCAUGCAUUCGCAAAAUUGCCAGCAAACCAAUCCCCAUUGACUUAUUCAUGUUGAAUCUCGCCAUUUCUGACCUCAUCUUCCUCUCCUUCCUGCCCUUCAAAAUGAAAGAGGCUGCAGAUCAGAUGAUCUGGAACAUGCCUCAAAUCCUCUGCCAACUCAGUCUCUUCAUGUUCUUUCUUCCUUUCUAUUCUAGCGUCCUAUUCCUGACAGCGAUUAGCAUUGAGCGCUAUGUGUGUGUAGCAUUUCCAACCAAGUAUAAAAAUCCAAAAAGAAUAAUUUAUACAAUAAUCACAUGUGUUGCCAUUUGGGUGACUGUUGUGGGAUAUUCAAUACUUCCGUACAAGGUGACAUUUACAGAUUCUCAUGUAGCGGACAACACUACUAAGGUGUCAUUUACAGAUUCUCUUGUAGCGGACAACACUACUAAUCAGCGCACUCUGGUGGCGGAACCUCAGAGAUGUUACAGUAAAUUUACAAAAGAGCAGCUCAAGGAAUUGCUCCCAAUUCGGCUGAGUAUAGCAGUGUUGUUUUUCUUUCUUCCCCUGCUUAUUUGCUGCUUCUUUUAUGUCAGUUUCAUUCGUAUUCUGACAAAUUUGCAUCUAAUCAAACGGCAACGUAAACUCAGAGCUAUUGGACUGGUUGUGGGGACGCUUCUUGUUUUCACCACUUGUUUCGCACCCUACAAUGUUUCCCAUUUAGUGGGCUUUAUCAAAAAAGAAAGUCCUGCUUGGCGAAUGAAAACUUUAAUGCUGAGCACUUUAAACGUAUGUUAUGACCAGAUUAUAUUUUUCUGUAUCUCUAGGGAAAUGAGAAAGGCGAUCAAGGUUUGUGCAAAGAGCGUUUUUCAGUUUUGUGUCUAUUUGAAGCAGUGUGUUGUUACUGCUGUAAACUUGAAAAAUGGCUUGACCAAAAUGACUUCUAAUUAAGUUUAUUAAUCGUUUAUUCUAAUGUUUUGUUUCUUCCUAUAUACUAAUUUAAUUAAAAUUCAACCUACUGUACAUUAGUGACCUGAGAACAGGAUAAAACAAUAUAGGAAGGGGGACUAUACACCAAUUAUGUUAUGUAAAAAGCAAGUUCCAGGAAGGCAAGUUGUAAACAAUUUAUUAAAGAUAUAAAACAACUCACUACAUAAUAUUAAAAUGCUGAAAGUUGUAGUCGUCUCUUUGAUUUGUUUGAUUAAAUCAAAGAAAUUUUUACCCCCUGCAUAGUUUAUAUAUUAUCCAUUCUCAUUUGUUCUGAGUUGUUUUUAUUCUUGUAUAUAUUGUACAAAAGCUGAACUGUGUAGAAACUGACUGUAAUAUACUGUUUUUAGAAAUAUUUAUUUCAGCUAAUAUCAGCUAAAUUCACCUUAUGUUUAAGAAAUCAAUACAUUUGAUUGUAGUUUUACUGUGUCAUUAUGUAAAUAAGUUAUUUUUUACAGGGUUAUAUCAUGAUUCAAAUUAAUAAUUUUUGUGUGGUUGUUAUUGUCAGGAGCGAUGCUGGUGACAAAAUCUAUGCCAGGUCAAUUGUAAAAAACAUAUAUAAUAAAUUAUGACACUUUUAUGACA